CCCACUUCCACCCAAUCUCGUCUCCUAAUUUAUCCCAGUCGGAAUUCUUAUUUCUACCCCAAACUUCAUAUCCCCAUUCCCAUUCAAUGGCAUCGAACAAUUUCGAGCAGAGUCUGUUGGGCUUGACCAACUCUUCACCUUGGGACCAGGCCAUCUUUCUGAGCAGCCAAACCAUCAACGAUGCCUUCAAAAACAUGUUUUACCUUGCAAAAGCCACAGACCCGAAGUUCAAGCCCGUCUGCUACAUUGACAUGAAUACCAGAGUCGGAAAGAUUCAAGCAACAUUGAAACCGUCCACCGUUAUUCUGAACGUGGAGCAGCCAAAGGGCCCCCCCAUUUAUUUUCAAUGGAACAUAGACUCCGGGGUUAUGUCACUGUAUACUUCAGAUGACCCAAAUGAUUAUACCACCACCGACUUCAAUAUUUCUGGCUGGACAGUGGCUUUUACCACAAGAAUGGGUGAGGAAACUUUGCCUACUGGCAGUGAGCGCUAUAAUGCGAUCAUGCAACGCAUGGGUAACCCAGCUGGUGAUUUUUCACUUGCAUCCCUGUUCAUAGACAUUGAAGCAGGAGCGAACCGCUAUAGGGAAGGUUCAAACUUUUGUGGCACUGAUUGGGAAGCUAUCCAAAAGAACAACCCCGUAGUCGAGCGAAAUUUCAAUUUCUUGUGCGACGCAUGGGCAGUUGAGAUGAGAAGAGGGUGGCACACGACAGUGGCUUCGCGACUAUGCACCAACAAGCCGGAGACAGUGAAUCCAAAUGUCCCGACAUUCCCCCCCACCUUCGUCUGCCAUGACCUGUACGGGUGGCGCGAGACACCGACAUCGGCCUGCUCCAACACGUCUACGGCCAAUGCGCUGUGCUACCUCAUCAUGACCCAGAACAAGAAGGCUCCUCAAGAGAAGGUGAUGCCCUACACCGGCACUUGGGUGACCACCAAACCGGGGAUGCCAGCGCGGGAUGCCCUCAUGUGCAUCAGCUACGACCAGUUCUGGGAGUCGUGGUUGCUACCCAAGCUCCAGCGCAUCAACAAAUACAUCCAGGUGCAGCCAGAAAAGUUGACUUUCGAACCCGAUGGCUACAGCAAUUGCAAGUAUGUUCUCGGGUUUAAACCUGGGUUCUGCAUGGAGCACCCCAACGAAGACGAUAAGUACUGGCAGUUCACCCGGCAGUCCGACAACAGGACCUGGAAGUGGAAAGGAAAUAACGAUAUCUUGCACUCGCAAAGAGAGUUCAAGAAUCAUGAAUUCAAAUGGACGUUAGACGAAGGCGCGUCUGCCGAAACCACUCUCUCUUUCCAACCGAGCGCUGGAGAAUAUGGAGCAAUCAUCACAUUGACUGGAACCGUGCAGAUACACGCCUACUUGAACGGAACCGUUGCACUGACCUCAUGGGGAACAGCGUGGAUGUCAUCCGAAAUGAGGUUCGAAAUAAGCUAUUUAGCCACUAACGUCGACAACGGUGGCCUGCAAAUCCACGAGUUGAAGCGUUUCGUCUCUGAGCCUUCCACGAAAACUAAGGGACCUACUGGUGUCAUCAAAUGCAAUCCACCAUGGAGCGAUGUUGCCGCGGACACCAUGGCUAACGUGAAGAACAAUUUCAAUUACUGCGUCAACUCCUUCGCUGAUGAACUCCUUACUGAAAUCAGUAACCAGCACAAGUUUGUGGUGCCUGGUGCUGGAGACUUUCUAUGCAGCCGCGUCAUGUUUAAUAACCGUGGGGAUCUGCUAGUGAAUCUUGCACUCAAUGGGGCCACUCCCCCAAAUACAAACCAACGCUUUCCCGCGCUUCUGGAAAGUGCUCCCAAGGCCCAGAAGCCAAGCAAAAGAAUGGCCGAGUUCGCAGCGAAGUACCUUCCGGUCUCCGUCAGUAAGCUUUAACAGGGUCAGGGUCUCACUUUAUAAUACGAUGAAAUGGAGUCGGGUUCAUUGAAAUGUACUGCAAAGCUGAAAACUGCGCACGGACACAUCGAGUCGGUUUCAUUGAAACUUCAGAGUCAGUUUCUUUGCUCUUAUCAAACCCAAAGAUCGAUGCAAUUGAAACUAGUUGUGCAGUAGAUGUGUCUAUUUUAUACAGAAAUUUCAAAUCUUUUGCAGUAGAAUUGAGUGAGUAAUAGCUGACCCUAACUAAUAU